AGUGCUCCUCCAUAUGCAUACUGUACAUAAACAGUAGCUAGUACUAAGUAGCCUCGCCCAUCUCUCGCGAGGACUGACUUCGAACAUCUACAAAUUCAUUCGGAAAAGCCCAACCUUCCUCAGUAUUCGUUCUGACUGGCAUAAGUCCAACGCUUGAGGUUCAGUUCGAUUUUAGCCACACUCUUGAAAAUGUCUCGAUCCGGUUCCCGCUACCCAAGUGCCUUCGGCCACACCCCUUCUUAUCGCAGUGUUUCUCGCGUUGGGACCUCUGACCCCUAUGGUUACGACAGCUUGGGCUUGGAGAGCCGUUUAGGAUCCCGACCUGUGGGUUCCACGUUGGGCAGUAGCACCUUGAGCACCUUGUCCCCCGGAUUCGGAAGCCUCACCUCUUCUGUUCCAGGAGGCAGCCAUCAAUCUGUCCAAUCUUCAUACUCUUCCACCACCAAGAGCAUGCAGCAGGUCAAUGACGGAGUGCCCAAAUACUCCUAUUCGCAAAAAACCAGCAAUUACAACAGCGACGAACCGUGGAAGAACAGGAAUCAUUCCUACUCGUACAAUGUAUGAACAUGUCCGUUACACUUCGCCAACAGGAAAAUGCUUGCUUGUCGUGAUGGGUUUUUGUGAAAUAUAGCAUCGUCGCUCUCUU